UUUGAAAAUUCCGAAUAUUAGACCCAAAGUUCGGAUCUCCAGAGGAUUUGCAUUUCAGGCAACAAUGCAAAAUUUGGUUUCAAUCAUUCAGGAUUUGGGAUUCAAAACCUACAACUCAGUACACAUGAUCCUGGAUAAAAAUUCAUGGUUCAAAAUUUACAAAUUAGGAUCUAAGUGGACUCAAGGCUCAAGAAGAUACGAGAUCCAGAGCGCACGAUUCAAGAUUCAAGGAUUAACGAGUUGAGUCUCAACACCGAUCGGGGCUUCAGUAUUUAAAAUACAUGGCUCAGGAUGUGGGAUUCAAAAUUCCGGAUUGAAGAUCUGUUUUUGUGUGGAUUUAGAAUUCAGAACCCAAGGCUCAGGGAAUUCUGAAUUCGGGGUUUAAGAUGCUGGAUUCAGUUUCCAAAGGCUCAGGGGUCAAGAGGGUUCAAUAUUCAGGAUACAGGAUUCAAGACUUAAGAAGAUUCAGGAAUUACGACCCAUGACCCAUAAUCCUGAUUAUGAAAAUCCUGAACGAAACCAUAUAAUUAUGAUGUAAUCCUGCAUCGUAUCUGAGCCUACAUAAUUAGCAAUUUUAAUUGAUAGUUUAAUGCGGAUUGUGUAAUUAGUGAAAUCAUGCAGGUACCUCCUACGACUAUAAAUAAUUCACGAUAGCGAAGUGUAUUAACUAUCCAGCUUGGUUGAAACAUGCAUAUUGGUCUGUUUUUCUUGGUGGUGGCCAUCUCCCGUGCUGAAAUGGACAAACUGAUUCCAAACCGAGGUCCGAAAGGCUCACAUCAAAAAACGCUACCACUGAUACGUCCAUUAUCCGAAUCGCUCUCGAGCUUCUUCGCACAAAUCACCCACCCGAGUGGUUUCGUUCACCUGUUUUUGCCAGCGAACCUUCUGAAGAAGUUAUACGAGAUGAAAGAUGGAUUGCUGUCUCACGCACAAGACGUUGUAGACGCGAACGGCGCUCUCACCCACUCCUUUCCGUUGUCAGCAACAGAAAUAAAGCAUUAA